GAACGCGGUAAACAAGCAAAGCAGCUCCGUUGCGCAAACAACGAAUAUGCCACGAGGUCAAGUCGGCAGUUAGACUAUCACCACGUGGCCCACGCUCCCAUCUAUGUGUCCUCAUUCUCUUGUCUCCACGUGUCCCUCCCCAUUCUCCUUGGCCAUCUUCCCAAUUCUCUCUUCAUUCCUCCCUUAUCAAAGCUGCAGCUUUAAUUCUCACUUCCGAUCAUCAAUGGCGUCACUGCUGAGAACCAAGAACUUUUUGUUUAUAGAGACUGAGAGCGGCGAUUUUGAUUGGUGGAAGGAGAUUGAUGAAUCUGAACAAUGGCAACAAGGCAUUUUCUACACUUUGUGUGCCUCUUAUGCAUUGGUCUCCAUGAUUGCACUGGUACAACUCUUUCGGAUUCAAUUCAGAGUACCAGAAUAUGGUUGGACAACACAAAAGGUCUUCCACUUGAUGAAUUUUAUUGUAAAUGGAUUGAGGGCAAUCCUCUUUGGAUUCUACAGGAGUGUGUUUCUUAUUAAGUCUAAAGCACUUGAAAUGGUGCUUCUCGAUCUUCCUGGUCUUCUAUUUUUCUCAACAUAUACAUUACUUGUCUUGUUUUGGGCUGAAAUAUAUCACCAGGCAAGAAGCCUUCCCAUUGAUAAACUUAGACCUGCAUAUUAUAUUAUCAAUGGACUUGUAUACUUUACACAGAUAUCUAUCUGGAUAAGCAUACGUUUGAGCCAAAGUCCUAUUGCUAUUGAAGUUGCUAAACUUUUCUUUUCAGUAGUGUCAUUCUUUGCUGCUCUAGGAUUCUUGAUAUAUGGUGGGAGGUUGUUUUUCUUGCUGAGGCGCUUUCCUAUUGAAUCGAGAGGCCGCCAAAAAAAAUUGAAUGAGGUUGGCUUUGUAACAGGAGUUUGCUGCACUUGUUUCCUGAUAAGAUGCUUGGUGGUUGCUCUCUCUGCACUUGACAAGGAUGCUGAUCUUGAUGUUCUGAAUCAUCCCAUUCUAAACCUCAGUUAUUACAUGGCAAGUUUUGACUCCUCAAUGCUGUAUGCCUUGUUUUAUGUGAUCUGUGGAAUUAGUAUUUAGUUUUGUACAAAUCAAGG